AUGAAUAAAGAGAGUGUGCCAAUGUUUAAGUUUAUAGUCAUAGGCGAUCAAUCUGUGGGUAAAAGUAGCUUUGUAAAAUAAUAUUCCGAAUCCAUUUUCAUUGAAACUCAUAAACCAACUAUCGGAGUAGAAUUUGUAAAAAAAAUGGUAGUUGUGGAUAAACGCAAGGUUGAAUUAUAAAUUUGGGAUACUGCUGGAUAAGAAUAAUUUCGUAGUAUGAUUAAGAGUUUUUAUCGUGGUGCAGCUGCAGUUUUUGUUUUGUAUAGUGUAAAUUAAAGAGAUUCCUUUGAAAAAUUGCAUGAAUGGUUAGGAGAAUUACAGGAGAGUGCUCAUGAAGAAAUUGUUAAAAUUUUGGUUGGAAAUAAAUCAGAUUUGGAUAGAGAAAUUUCAAUAUAAGAGGCAGAAAAAUUCAUGAAUGGAAAUAAUUUUAGUUUAUUUUUUGAAACAUCUGCCAAAACAGGAUAAAAUGUAGAAAAAGUUUUUGUAGAAGCUGUCAAAUUAGUAAUUAUGCGUAUGUUUACAAGUGAAUCCUUUAAAAACUCUAUAAAAACAAUCAAAAAGACACCUGCAAAUUCUAGACAAAAUACUAGUAGAAACGAGCUAUAAGAUGAUUCGAAUUAAAUACAGAAACCAAUACAAUUAUAAGUUACUCCACAAGCACAAAAACAAGAAGAAAAGUAAUGUUGUUGA